AUGCUGGAACCCAAAAGCGUCUCCUGCUGUCUUCGGCUGUGCCUGGGCUGGGUGGGAGCUGUUGGAGGUGCAGUGGGAGUCCCUGUAACUGUAGUGCUCGCACUGCGGACGCAAUUUACCAUGUUCCUGUUCAUGCUACUCACACUGGACGCCCACCUCAAACUUCACUUGGCAGAGAGGUAUUCUUCAGUGGUGACACGUCAGCGAGCUCUGUGUGUGGUGCUGCUGUGCUGGGUCGGUUCUAUUCUCUGCUCCUUUGCCCAGUUUAUAGGCUCAGAUAUCCUUAACACCUGGAGUAGUGGCAGGACUGGACCAGAUACUGCUGGCCAUGAUGUGAGUGGCAACUGGACCACCUCUUCACCCCAUCUUUUCUUGUCAGCAGCCCCCAAGUACCAACACGACCGCAAGGUGAUUGGGCAGUACCUUCCAUACGGAGGCUUUUUGUCAAAGUUCUAUGUGGAGGACAUGCGCAACUUCACCUACGCUGAGAUUCACAGUAGUCACUCCGGUGUGUGCGCCACUGACAAUGUUAUCUCUCCCCAGUUUCAAGUCUAUGUUCACGGAGUGACAAUGUUCAUCCUGCCCUUGCUUUUGUUGCUGGCCCUUUACCUUAACCUGCUAUGCAUGAAACCAAGAAAGACACCUUUUGGUGAAGCACACCCUCUAAAACACGCCUCCCACCCGUUCCGUUCUCUUACCCUCUCCCUUACACUGUUGGUUCUGCUUUGCCUACCACUUUUUGUCAUCCAUACUCUUUUCCUUUUCACCCCUAAUAUCCAUCUCCCAGUCUGGGCCCAUGGACUUGCCUCCUUCCUUUUCCAACUGUACAGUGUUGUGCCAUCGGUCCUCUUCACCCCUCCCAGGAGACAAAUGGCGCAGGAACGGGCAUCUUUUCCUUUUGUUGUUCCUUACCUCCAGUCUGCAGUCAUCCAUUCCAGAGGAAAAUCUGUCCGCAUGGCACUGCGUGAGGCAGUGCAAGCAGCUCCUUGGUCCUCGGCCAAACACUCCCUUAAAGCCAAAGUGUGCCCAGAGGUCUGA